UGGUCAUUGCACAAUUUGGAAUUAGUUGCCGGAUAGGUUAGAACGUAAAAGUAUUUUAUAAAUAAAUUACUAUUAAAAUACCUUAUUAUACGUUAAACAUAUUCUUGUCAUGGCACAAAGUAAGAUAAAUGACAUGGCAGGGAAGUUCGCUAAAGGUGGGCCACCUGGUCUUGGCAUCGGUCUCAAAGUGGUAGCCGUUGUCGGCGCUGCGGCUUAUGGCGUCUCCCAAUCGGUGUUUACCGUGGAAGGAGGUCAUCGUGCCAUUAUGUUCAACAGAAUAGGAGGAGUACAACAGCACGUAUUCACCGAAGGUAUGCACUUCCGUAUACCGUGGUUUCAAUACCCCAUCAUUUAUGAUAUCAGAUCCCGACCUCGCAAGAUAUCUUCCCCGACUGGUUCAAAAGAUUUACAGAUGGUAAACAUUUCCCUCCGAGUACUUUCUCGACCAGAUGCCAAUAUGCUAGCAACAAUGUACAGACAACUUGGAACAGAUUAUGAUGAAAAGGUUUUGCCAUCUAUAUGCAAUGAAGUCCUAAAAUCGGUUGUUGCUAAAUUCAAUGCCUCCCAGCUGAUCACGCAGCGUCAGCAGGUGUCUCUACUAAUCAGAAGAGAGUUGGUUGAGCGUGCUGCUGAUUUUAAUAUUAUCCUUGAUGAUGUAUCCCUCACUGAACUAAGCUUUGGUAAGGAAUACACAGCUGCAGUAGAAGCUAAACAAGUUGCACAACAGGAGGCUCAGCGUGCAGCUUUUGUAGUUGAAAGGGCAAAGCAAGAGCGUCAACAGAAAAUUGUGCAAGCAGAGGGAGAAGCUGAAGCUGCUGAGAUGUUGGGUAAAGCCAUGGGCAUGAACCCUGGUUAUUUAAAACUUAGGAAAAUUCGUGCUGCUCAAAGUAUUUCGAGAAUGAUUGCUCAAUCUCAGAACCGUGUCUUCCUCCCUGGAAACAGUCUGAUGAUCAAUCUUCAAGAUCCUACUUUUGAUGAUUUGUCUGAGAAACUCACUAAAAAGAAGUAACAUGAGGCUGAGAGUGUGUGCGCUGAGAAUCUGAAGCCAGCCGCCACUCUAAAAGACGAAAUUACAGUCAUAAUCAGUGGUGCUGCUUCAGUUGCUGUUUAGUAUUUGGGUUGUUCAGCAAAUCACAAUUCAAACAAUUUAAUCUUUGCAUUUUAAGUUAUUUAGUUUUGUAGGAUUAAUAGUAUGUAUGGGAAACAAAAAAUGUCAAUAAAGAUUUCAAAACUCAA